AUGUUGAUGAUUCCCUAUUCGGUGAGCGAUGUAAAGUUAUCCUACGUAUAUUUGUCCGUUUUUAUCCUAAAAUUUCGAAUUUUUCAAUUAAAAUGUAUUUCUAGAUGAGUGGGUUUGGAAACUCUUUCGGAAGUGGAGGAUUCGGUGGCGGGGCAUCGAAAGGAUUCGGCGACUUUGGCGCAAAAACUGAGCAAUCGUCAGGAUUCGGUGGAAAACCAAGCGGAUUUGGAGGUCAAGCAAAGUCUGGCUUUGGUGGAGCUCCAGCAUCUGGUGAUCAACAAAAAGGAUUUGGCGAUUCCAACAAAUCGUCGGGUUUUGGAGGAAAUGCUGGAUUUGGAGAUUCGAACAAGCAAAGUAGCGGUUUUGGUGGCAAUAAACCGUCUGGCUUUGGUGGUCAAUCAAACCAAUCUGCCGGAUUCGGUGGUGGCAGCAACUCUGGAUUCGGUGGAGGCGGCUCAGGAUUUGGCGGAGGAGAGAAAUCUGGAGGUAGUGGCAACUCUGGAUUCGGCGGAGGCGGCUCAGGAUUUGGUGGAGGAGCGAAAUCUGGAGGCGGUGGCAACUCUGGAUUUGGAGGAGGUAGUUCCGGAUUUGGUGGAGGCGGAAACUCUGGUUUCGGCGGUGGUGCCAACUCUGGAUUUGGAGGUGGUGGCAGUACCGGAUUCGGAGGAGGCGGAAGCUCUGGAUUUGGCGGAGGAGCAAAUUCUGGAUUUGGCGGUGGCGGCAGUGGUGGUGAUAGAGGUUAGAGAAUGUGUUGAGUUAAUGUUUUAACUAGUUUUUUAUUUUAGCUUGUCACGUAUGCCAAGAAACUGGUCAUAUGGCUCGCGAUUGCCCACAGAAACAACCAAGAAACUGCUUCAAUUGCAAUCAACCUGGUCACAAUUCAAGAGACUGCACCGAAGAAAGAAAACCACAAAGUUGCCACAACUGCAAUCAACCUGGUCACAUGUCAAGAGAUUGCCCCGAAGAAAGAAAACCACGAGAACGACGACAAGAUGGAGGAGGAGCUGGUUUCGGUGGAAGCUCAGGAUUUGGUGGCAACGCAGGAGGAGGUGGUUCUGGAUUUGGCGGAAAUGGCGGUGGAUCUGGCUUCGGAGGUGGAUCAGGAUUUAGCGGAGGAUCUGGUUUCGGUGGAAGUGGUGGAGAAGGAUUCCGUUCAGGUUCUGGAUUUGGAGGUGGUGGAGCAGAUGGAGGAUUCGGCGGAGAAGGAGGCGAGAAUACACGUGGACCAAUGAAAUGCUUCAAUUGUCAUGGAGUAGGACAUCGGUCAUCUGAUUGCACAGAACCACCAAGUAUGUUUUAGAAAACAUUUUCUUUAUUUUAUUUCAUUUUUACUCGUUUCAGAAGGAUGUUUCAAUUGCGGUCAACAAGGACACAAUUCGAGAGACUGCACCGAACCACCAAAACCGAGAGAAGAUGGUGAGGAAGGUGUGAAAAGAGCGACUUUCAUCCCUGAAGAAGAUGCAGUUGAAUCUGUUUUCGAUAUGCAGAAGAUCAAGGAAGGACUCAAGUUCGACGAAUUCUUCGAUGCUGAAGUUACAGUUACUUCUGCAUCCAACAGUGUUCCAAUCAAACCAAUGAGGUAAUUAUAUUCAAUUUGCAAUCCAACACUUCCAAUUCUUCUAAUUUUUAGAUCGUUUGAAGAAGGUGGUUUGACUGAGACAUUGUUGAGAAAUGUGAAACAUGCUGGUUACACAAGAACCACUCCAAUUCAACAAUAUUCGAUUCCACUCAUUGAACAAGGAUACGAUAUUUUGGCGUGCGCUCAAACUGGAUCCGGAAAAACCGCCGCUUUCUUGUUGCCCGUCAUGAACACUUUGCUCAAGGAAAACGAUUUGAACACUGCUGGAGAAUGUGGAUGUUUUCCUCGUUGCUUGAUUUUGACUCCAACACGUGAAUUGGCAGAUCAAAUUUACAACGAAGGAAGAAAAUUCGCAUAUCAGACAAUGAUGGAAAUCAAGGCUGUUUAUGGUGGAAUUGCGGUCGGCUACAGCAAAAGUCAAUUGGAAAAGGGUGCCACCGUUAUUGUUGGAACUGUCGGUCGAGUCAAGCACUUCAUUCAAGAAGGAAUUAUCAGUCUCGAAAAACUGAGAUAUUUCGUGCUUGAUGAGGCUGACAGAAUGAUUGAUGGAAUGGGCUUUGGAGAUGACAUCACACACAUCACUCAAGUCAAUGGAAUGCCAUCAAAGGAGAACCGUCAAACACUCAUGUUCAGUGCAACAUUCCCGGAUUCAAUUCAAUCCGCAGCUCGCGAAUUCAUGAAGCCAGAAUACGCAAUGAUUGCAAUCGACAAAAUCGGAGCAGCCAACAAAUGCGUCACUCAAGAAUUCAUCAAUUGCGAGCGAUCGGAGAAACGCGAAAAGCUGUUGGAAUUGUUGGGUGUCGAUUUGACAAACUACACAUCCGAAAAGGACAAUGAUGUUUUCACAAAGAAGACAAUCGUUUUCGUGUCGAGAAGAACAUUUGCGGAUUCUUUGGCUGUCAUUUUGACAUCAUCUGGAAUUCCGACAAUGACAGUGAGUUAUCUUAUCAGUUUUUUGAAUUGAAUCUAUUUGAAAUUCGAAUAUUUCAGAUCCACGGUGCUCGCGAUCAACAACAAAGAGCUGAAGCACUUCGCGUAUUCAGAAAUGGCUCGAAGCCAGUUUUGAUUGCAACCGCAGUCGCCGAACGUGGAUUGGAUAUCAAGGGAGUCGAUCACGUCGUCAACUUUGAUAUGCCAGACAACAUCGAUGAUUAUAUCCACAGAAUCGGAAGAACUGGUCGUGUUGGAAACGUCGGUCGAUCAACUUCCUUCGUUUCAUCAAAUGACUCAGCACUUUACGGAAGUCUCGUCUCAAUUUUGAAUCAAGCCGGUCAAAUUGUGCCAGAUUGGAUGGAAGGAUCUUCAGGCGCUGCAACUGGCUUCGGAUCAGGUGCAGCUGGAUUCGGGUCAGCCGCGAACGCCGAAGAAGACUGGUAA